AUUGGUUGAGUCUGCUCAGGUAGUUCAGUAGGAGCCGAGACUACCUCUGUUGGGAGUAAACAAAACCUUUUUAACCUACCGGAAUUAUCUUGAGUUGCUCAGCGACUAGGCCUACCGCAGCUAUAAUUCACUGUAUUUUAGGCCUACUUAAAUGAUGAGCCGCGUCACACUUUUUCAAAGGAAGUUGCUGAACUCAGCUGUUGUUUCUGACUAUCGCUAAACGUUUCCUGGUUCAUCUUAUCAGCUUCGAGGCAAGUAACCUACCUACCUCCCCUUUAAGGUUUUAUGUUGUUUCUGUUGAACUCGGCAUUCAAGAGACUUUUCAUCAAAGGCAAAGUAGAAGUAGUCUACCUGGUGCCAGUUGGGGAAAGAAAAGUGCAUAGGUCUACAUAGGAUAGCCUAUGGUUUAAAGACGGUGGGUGUGUUGUUAAUGGUAGACUACACUCUGCCCUCAGUACUGCCAAUUAAUGCCCCACCCGCUCUCCGCGCGCAGGUGCACGCAUGACCAUGUUGUUUCAUCUGUUCAUACUCCUUCAACUCUUGCCAUGUGGAGAUCUGGCCUGUAUGAGGAGGUUACUGUCGGAACAUGAAGACCCAGAAGUGUUUUUAGAUGAUGGGGGAGCAAAUUCGUUCCUGGGUCGCCAUCUGCUGUUCAACCGGUUUGACUUUGAGAUUUUCGUUCCUGGAAAUCUGGAAAGGGAGUGUUUUGAAGAAGUCUGUAAUUACGAAGAAGCAAGGGAGGUCUUUGAAAACAUCCCGGCUACAGAGGAUUUUUGGAAGAAAUACACUGAAGAAAAGGACAAUCGCCCCUCACGGGUUGAUGUGACAUCUCUUUUGGUGGGACUGAUUGCUGGUGGAGUGGCCAUUGUUUUCGCUGGACUCCUGGUCUGGUAUUUAUGUCAUGGAAAAUGCAAAAACAGCCAUGCAAACUCCUCUCACAGCUCCGUUCGGGUACGACCGAAUAGGAGUAAUGCCUCUUUAAUAAUGAGACGGCUGGAGGAGGUGUCCUUACAACCUGUACCCCCACCCACAACGGAUGAAAUAGACCCCCCAGGUCUGCCUUCCUAUGAGCAGGCGAUCGCAAAAAGUGGACCACAUGACGCCCCACCUCCUCCGUACCCAGGCUCUCAACGUGGAAGUAUUCGUCGGUAGUAUCUUCAGGAAAAUACAUGUCUUUCAGCAUUAAGUAGACAAUUUACAACUAACAUUCACACUGCUGCUCUGCUUAGCAUUUUAUACCAAUUUUUUCAUCAUCACAAAAUUCAAAACACUUCCUUAUGCUUUCUGUUUAUUGCUCUGAUUAUAUUGAUCCACUCCUACAUUUAAUUUU